GUUACUGACAAUAAGCACCUUCAUCCCCCCAAAGGCGGAGAGAGGGAGAGGAGGAGGAGGAGGAGAGACAGGGGGAGAGGAGAGCUGAUGCCUGACGAGUCACUCGGCGGAGGCAGAGCGGGCGGUACCACAACUUCCCAGCGGCGCGGAGCGGCGCGGAGCAGCGCGGCGCGGAUCGGAGCUCGCCGGCCGGAUCGCUCCCAUGUCAGCGCGGCGGCGGGGGACUGCGCUCCGCUAGCGACCAGCCGCCGGCCAACCCCCUCCUCGCCCAGCGAUGUAUUCACUGCUCUCAGCCUGCACUUGCCUAUGUUUACAUUUCCUGCUGCUGUGCUUUCAGGUACAGAUGUUUGCUGCUGAGGAGAACGUGGAUUUUCGGAUACACGUGGAGAACCAGACGCGAGCGAGGGACGAUGUGAGCAGGAAGCAGCUUCGGCUCUAUCAGCUCUACAGCAGGACAAGCGGGAAGCACAUCCAAGUGCUCGGCAGGAGGAUCAGUGCCAAAGGAGAAGAUGGAGAUAAAUAUGCCCAGCUUCUAGUGGAAACAGACACUUUUGGCAGCCAAGUCCGGAUCAAAGGGAAGGAGACCGAUUUCUACCUUUGCAUGAACAGGAAAGGCAAGCUAGUGGGGAAGCCUGAUGGCACCAGUAAGGAGUGUGUCUUCAUUGAAAAAGUCCUGGAAAACAACUACACGGCACUGAUGUCUGCAAAAUAUUCAGGCUGGUAUGUUGGAUUCACCAAAAAAGGGAGGCCACGGAAAGGGCCCAAGACCCGGGAAAAUCAGCAAGAUGUACAUUUUAUGAAGAGAUACCCAAAGGGGCAAAUGGAGAUACAGAAACCUUUCAAGUACACAACAGUCACCAAGAGGACUAAGAGAAUACGACCCACCAACCCCAGCUAAAACCAGACAAAAACAGUGUCACAAUAAGGAAUCACAAAAAGAAAAAAAAAAAAAAAAAACU